ACUGCUACGUGGACACACCCUUUAAUUAUUAAUAGUUAAUAUAAAUACAUGAAAAUCGUCUCCUCAGACUCCGUCUACUCAUUUUUGGUUCUUGUAUAUACUUGUAUGUACUACAAGACCUGUUUUUCGUCUAAAUACUCGUGUAUCGUGUAUACACGUGCAAUGUCUGCUUCAAUUGAUAUAGUUAGAGCCAGUGAUGGGAGGACCCCAUUACAUUUAUCAUCACUGGCUGGCCAUUCAGUGGCUGUACAGUAUUUACUUGAUAAAGGAACCGACUGCAAUAGGAAGGACACUACUCAUGGUUAUACUCCAUUGGAUCUGGCUCUGUUGCAUGGUCACAGUUCUGUUGGGGAUUCCCUCAUAUCAAGUGGAGGUUGUACUGGUGCUGGUAGGAUACAUGAAUCAGCAACAAAGAUACAACAAUGCUGGAGGAGAUAUGUCAUUAAGCGUCAAGAGUUUGUCACACGUGAUUGGGCUGCCAGAAAAAUACAGUACCAGUAUCGGUCCUGGUCUGACAAGAAAAGAGCAAAGAGAGUGAGACGACUGAGGGAGAAGAGAAGAAAUGAAGCUGCUCUUAUAAUCCAACGAAACUGGCUAACAUACAUCAGCAUUAAAAGAAAAAAGGAACAAUCCUACCUGGCACUGAAAACUAAACUUAACUACGAAUACAUCACUAUACUCAAUUAGUACUGGUUCAGCUAGAGCAGCAUGCUUCCUCUGGUAUGACUCCAUUAUAAUGCUGAGGCUAAUGGACUGAACCAUAACAAUGGACAGUAAGAUUG